UCAGUUCACUAACACGAUACACUAUUUUUCAGUUUGUGGCCGGACCAUGCCAGUGCACACAACAACCUGGGCACGUUGUUUCAUGAUUCAAAAGAAGCUGAGUAUCACUUUAGAGCUGCCAUAUCCAUCAACCCACUGCACGCCAGGGCCUACUUUAAUCUAGCCAAUCUAUACAGCAAACAAGGUAAAAUCCAACUUGCAGAUACGUUUUUAAAGAGAGCGAUUCAACUCGAACCAGAUUUUGCCGAAGCCUACUCAUCCUUGGCUUCUCUCCGGGCACAAAUAGGAAGAAUCAAAGAAGCAGAGGAGCUCCACCUGGCGGGGCUUCGGCUAAAUCCGAUUAAUGUAGACGCCCUGAAUAACUAUGGAGUAUUCCUACAAAGCUUGGAUCGGAGCGAUGAUGCCCUAUUCUACUAUAAAAAAGCUCUCCUCUUCCAACCCAACCACACGGUAGCUCUCGUGAACGCAGCGAAGACUCUUCGUUCUUUGAAGUUUGUUGAAGACGCCGAGAGCUUAUACAAGAGCUUCUUUAGAGCUCUUCAAGUUCAGAACGACCCUCAAGUACUGGACAAUCUCGGUGUUUUAUACAUGAAGUCAAGGAGGUUACUCGCUGCUAAAGAAGUCUACCUAAAAAUGAUGAAUCAAUAUAGCCAUUACCAAGAUGGGAAAAUUCACUACGCGCAGCUGUUAAUGCAAGAACGUAGUUUUAAAGAAGCUGAAAGCGUCCUCCUCUCUGCAAUAAAAAGAAACAAUACUUUCAGGGAUGCUUAUCAUCAGCUAGCUGUACUAUAUAUCAACACUAACAGAAGUGCCGAGGGCUUGGAUCACAUUUUGCAAGCUAUCAGUCUGUGUUCCACUUGUGAUCAUUCUUGUGCUCAACUUUACGUUUGUCAUGGAGAUAUUGCAAAGGAGUUGGAUGCUCUGGCCACAGCAGCUCAAAGCUACGAUUUAGCACUACAGAUCGAUCCCAACAUAGCCCAUGCUCAUCUGAACCUUGGUGUCAUCCAUCAUUUACAGGGUCGGUAUACCGAAGCGUUGAAGCACUACCGAUCAGCACAAAACCUAGAUCCAAACAACCUGGUAGUUUUGGAAAACCUCAAGAAGCUAAGGAAACAAGUGCUCAAAUCAUCGCUACAAGACUGUAUGGGUGACAGUGACGUUUGUCGCACGUGGUGAUUACACGUUUUUACUCUCUAAUGACGUUGCAACUCCUGCGUUACGUAGGAGAACGAUAAGAUCUUCGAACAAGUGAAUCUCAAAGCUAAGAAAGUCAACUCCACAAAAAGUCGAGUUAACUAGACAGAGGAUGCUACAAGACGUAAAACGAGUAUUAAGUUUUCGUAAUUAAAGUAGACUAUGUUACAUAAUGUAUGACAUCAUAGUUUAGAAAAAACACCUGAUAGAAAGAUUGUAUUUUUGUCAAAGACAGUGUCAAUAAAUGUUUUAAGUUUA